AUGGAGGCCAAAAGCGAGACAGCCAUUAAUCUACCUUACAUUGACACCCACCAAGCGGAGGCCCGUGUAGUAUUCACUAGUAAAAUAUUAGUAGUUUCAAUUGGUUUACAAGGGUGCCUUUCUUUUCAUCCAGUGCCUGAUGAUCUGUCUGCGGAGGAGAGAGAGGAACUUUUAAACAUCCGUCGCAGAAAAAAAGAAUUAAUUGACGAUAUAGAGCGGUUAAAAUUUGAGAUCGCAGAAGUUAUGACUGAGAUUGAUCACCUGACCAGCGUAGAGGAGAGUAAAGCUACCCAGAGGAAUAAGCAAGUUGCAAUGGGAAGGAAAAAGUUUAACAUGGAUCCCAAGAAGGGAAUUCAAUUUCUCAUCGAGAAUGAUCUCCUGCAGAAGAUGCCAGAAGACAUUGCCGAGUUCCUUUAUAAAGGGGAAGGGCUCAAUAAAACCGUUAUCGGCGAUUAUCUCGGUGAAAGGGAUGACUUUAAUAUUAAAGUACUUCAGGCUUUUGUUGAACUCCAUGAGUUUGUGGAUCUCAAUCUCGUCCAAGCACUACGGUAG